AUGGACCUGAUUUUAGCAAUCAACAGAAAUACCCCGGUCAAAAGAACUUUACAUAAAAAGAACGCGAUCGAUGGAGAAAUGGCAAAGCGAAUGAACAUAACAAAGUUUUCAAAUGGAACAAUGGUCAUUACUAACACAACGGAAGUCCUGAACGUCACAGACAUGAUAUUACAAGAAAAUAUAGGUAGGAAAUCUGCGCUUGGUUGAUGCAGGUCAGGUUCCGUUUGCACCACCCGAAAAUGUGCCCGGAAAAGAGCCUGCGGAGGAGGUAGCCCCGUUUACAUGAGAACGGGACGAACUCAAACUGGAACGACAUGGCCUGUAUAGUAUAUUAGUUUAAAAGAUGUGUAAUUUUUACUCCAGAUUUCCAUCUUCAAAAAGCACUUUUAUACAGGCCUUAAAAUAUCGGUCGGUCACGGACAUUGUCCGACCAAUUUGUGAAAUUGUCCGACGUAGAGAGGAAACCACCGGACAUUCUGUCCGACCUAAGUGAAACUGAGGUUUAUUGUUUGUCCGACCUAAGUGUAUUUGUGUCCAACGUAACUGCAGCUUUGUCCAACGUAAAUCAAAAUGUACCCAUAGCCCAGGACUAGAGGCUUUUAUGUUAAAUGGAAAAUCAGAGUAGUAUUGUAUAAAAGGUGAACUGGGAAUGUUUAAACGUAGUCGAGGGUGGGGCGGCGAGCGAAAUGGUGAAGUGGAAAACGAGCUUAAGUUGUCGAAGUCUUUUUUAAUACUGCUGUUCUGGCAAACAAGUUACUUUUGGCUUGGAAAUAAGUAUGAAAGAAACAAAUUAUUUAAUAUCUUCACAACAUUUACCGUUCAGAAUUAAUACAUUGUGCUGAUAUUCAUUUGUGUCAUUCAGACUUAUUUCCAAGUCAAAACUGAACUGAAGGUCACCGGACAUAUGUCCGACCGAAACUCAACGUCUUCGGACAUUUUGUCAAACGGUCCUGUAAAAGAUAUUUUAAGGCCUGACUUUUAUAUGUUUAUCUAUAUAUUUACCUCAUUCAAAUUUCAGAGGAAAAAGUUGCUGACCACCUUCUGGAAGGGGACAUAUUGUUAGAUCCGAUGGACCCUGAGGAUUAUAAAAUAUUUAAAUUGAUCAAGGAGGACAAGAAGCGGCUAGCUGAGAACAGAUUACAAAAACGUCAAGCCACUCGGGCAUUAAAACAUUUGUGGACCAGUAGAGUUGUACCGUAUGAAAUAGAUUGGUCUUUAAGUAAGUGUCGAGCUGUACGUAUUAAGAGGUGCAUUAGAGGUGUCCGUAUUAGAGAUGUGUCAGUAUUAGAAAGGUGCUUGAUUUAGACAGGUGUCCGUAUUAGAGAGCUGUUCUCAUUAGAGAGGUAACCGUAUUAGAGAGGUACCCGUGUUACAGAGGUGUUCAUACUAGAGAGAUGUCCAUAUAGGUGUCCGUAUCAGAGAGAUGUCGGUAUUAGAGAAGUGUCCGUAUUAGUGAGGUGUCUGUAUUAGAGAGGUAUCCGUAUUAGACAGGUGUCUGUAUUAGAGUUGUGUCUGUGUUAGAGAGGUGUCAGUUUAGAGAGAUGACUGUAUUAGAGACAUGUCCACAUUGAAGAGAUAUCCGUGUUAGAGAGAGGUUUGUAUUAGAGAGGUGUCAGUAUUGGAGAGGUGUUCGUAUUAGAGAGGUAUCCGUAUUAGAGAGAUGUCCGUAUUAGAGAGAUGUCUGUAUUAGAGAGGUAUCUGUAUUAGAGACGUGUCUGUAUUAGAGAGGUAUCUGUAUUAGAGAGGUGUCUGUAUUAGAAGGAUGAAACACAUUAGAGAGAUGUCCGUAAAAAGAGGUGUACGCGUUAUAAAAAUAUUUGUACAGAGAAGCCCAACUGUAUAUUUGUUUAAUUGUGCUCUUGUGUGACAAUUGAGUUCGUAUUUGCUGAUUGUAUCUUAUGUCCUAGGCGACUACAAGACCAGCAAGCUUAUAAAGGACACCAUAGCUCUCUUCAACACGAAAUCUUGUGUGAAGUUUAUGCCGCGCCAAAGGACUGAACGAGAUUGGGUGGUUUUCAUAAAAAACGAUGGGUACGUAUUGUCAUAAUUCUUCUACUUAGCACCCUAGCUCUCAAAUACGCAAUAACGGCGAUAUCAACAAAAACAACAGUCAUAACAAAAACAACAUCGCAAACAGAAACAACAACGGCAGUAAGAACAAUAGCAACAGCAACUACAGCAAAAGAUACAACAACAGAAGCAACAACCAUAACAACAGAAACAGCAACAACAACAAUAACAACAGCAGCAACAGAAACAACAACAAUAACAAUAUCAACAGAAACAACAAUAACAACAACAGCAACAGCAACUACAGCAAAAGAUACAACAACAGAAGCAACAACCAUAACAACAGAAACAGCAACAACAACAAUAACAACAGCAGCAACAGAAACAACAACAAUAACAAUAUCAACAGAAACAACAAUAACAACAACAACAACAACAGAAGCAGCAACCAUAACAACACAAUAA